AUGUCAAAGAUUGCAAUUAUUGGAGCGGGCCGUGUUGGUCAGGCACUCGCUGGCCGUCUCGUUGAGACGGGCUACUCAGUGAAGGUUGCAAACUCUCGGGGUCCCGAUACUCUCAAAGACUUCGCGAGAACAACUGGCGCGGAGGCUGUUGGAAUUGCUGACAUUUCGUCUGGAGCAGAUGUUCUCAUCCUCGCAAUUCCAGAGUAUCGCGUUGCAGAUUUGCCAAAGAGCGUCAUCUCGACACUCCCUAAGGGUGCAGUCGUAGUUGAUGCAAAUAACUAUGCUUCUUCGCGGGAUGGGGGUAUUGCCGAGAUAGACGCUGGCCUUCCUACAUCUCAAUGGGUUUCAAAGCAAUUAGGUGUCGGCGUGGUCAAAGCUUUCAACACCAUAUUCGCUUCUAGAUUGGUUUCGCUCUACAAACGUAAAGGCGAUCCAGAGCGCAUUGCCCUUCCUGUAGCUGGCGACGACACAGUCGGACGUGCUAAAAUCAUGGAGAUCGUUGAACGGUUGGGAUUUACAGCUUUCGACGCGGGUCCAUUAUCGGAGUCCUGGCGUCUGGAGUUUGGGCAGCCGGUCUGCGGCAACACCGUGACGCUGGAGGAGCUGCCACUGUUGCUUCAACGCGCUGAAAGAAAGAAAUGA